AUCCUCUGCGCCUUUCAAGUCAGCAACCAAUUUCUCUAUGAGGUCUUACCUCUUCCCUGAGUUCCCUCCCUGCUGCCACAGGAAUAAUCCCAUGGGAUGUGUCUGUAACAUGGCAAGGUAACACGAUAGCAGCACGAUUGCUGGCUUUUGACCCCCCAGAUGAGAUUUCUCCAUCAGAGAGCAAGGAUUACCCUGGUUGAAACCUCCUUGCAAGCUCUGCUUCUCCACUUGGGGUAGAGCCAGCAGCUCUCCAGAUAUCCUUGCAUCUUGGCAAUGAAUUUUCAGAGACAUCUCCUGUUUCUUCCCCACGGAUUUUCAGACCCUUGAAGUCUGACAGAAAUUUCAUUUUCUCAGCCCCUCCUUUCUGCACUCUUGGGGACAGUCCCAUGGGCAGGGAGCACUGUGGCAAGGGGCAGCUCCCCUGGCUGGCAAGGCUGCAUAGUCCAGCUUUGUGUUGUCUGGAAGAUGGCUUAGAAACUGGAGAGAAGAUUGGAUACUGGUUCCAUCAGAAAGGAUUUCCCAAAAUGCUUUUCAAGGGGACUUGGCUUGAAAAUGACACAGAGAAGUCAUAUUCCUCAAAGACACCUUCAACUAGGUCCUUGUAUACUGCCUUUCCAGAGUCACUGUAUCCUACUUCACCUUUGUGUUCUUGGUUCUCCUGAGUUCCCCCCUCUCCAAUAGGUGCAAUUUCACCCCCUGCACCAGGUUCCCCAGGAGAAGCAGAGCUGUGUUGUCCCAGGCUCUGAGGGCUGCACACGCUGGUGUCCAGGGCACAGAGACAAUGGCUGAGCACCUCUAGUUAAUGGGAUUAACUCUUAAUUAAUUAUUAGACAUGGAUAUAGUGGGGAUAGCCCAGACCUGGGCUUUGCAGGCAUUCGGCUCUGUGUAGCCAUGUGCAGCAGCAGGCAGUGGCCUGGAAAGACACAGCCUUGGGGGGAUACCCCCCCAGACCCAGUGUGAGCUGAGCACUCUGCUUUGCAGCCUGACCCACAGUGCUUCCCGGGCAGGCAGACCCUUUCAAAGUCCACGGUCUAAAAAUUCCAUUCCUGGACUUUGUUAAUGCAAUUCUGCCUCAGAACUGGUCUUGCACAGCAGGCACAGUCUGCAUUCGUCAGCCCUCCUUAGGAGAAGGUGGGAGACCCAGGUGUCCAUAAGCUGACCAGAACAGGAAGGACUGGGGGAGAAAUCAUGAUCCAAGAGCGACUGUGGCAGGUUCUAGAUACAUCCUGGGCAGACCCUCGCACCCUCUCAGCUCUGCUCUGCGGCUCAACUGCAGCCAUUGUGCUACUGAAAUGGCUGGGACGUAGGAAGAUCCAGCAGAAGAUGGAGGAGGCAAGGAGGACACGGGAUCUUGCCCUGGAGCGAAUGGAGAGGGCAGCUCGCAGGUUUAAGCAAGAGAACCCGGGCACCCAGACCGCACACAUCCUCUCGCUGACGAUGGUGGAGCUGGCUGAGAAGCUAAAGGAGGGGUCCCUGUCCCCAGAGAGUGUCCUCUACUCCUACAUGGGCAAAGCUUUGGAGGUGACUCGGGAGGUGAACUGCGUGACAGACUUCAUUCAUGGCUGUGAGGAUCAGCUCCAGAAACUGAAGAAGCAGAAGGAGAAGGGGCUGCUCUAUGGCAUUCCCAUCAGCAUCAAGGACCACAUUAACGUCAAGGUACAUCCCUAA